AUGAACACAUCCACAGACACUGAGAAUAUUAAUGAUGAAGCUUUUGGGAACAAGAGUAGGUUAAAGGACGGUUCUUUGGAAAAAAUGGAGGCGACUGUCCCAGCUAUGCUCGGAGAGCUCGUCACCUCUUGGACUCAUGAACCCUUGGACAGACCCUUGUCCAGCACUAGUCUUCCUGUUUUCUCUUCAGCUUCUCGGUCCCUCUCUUCUCCUCGCCUUCUGUGGCUUGAUGAAUCAUGCAAACAAGGCUUACAACAGAAUAACGAAGCCUCUAGCUCUUCACCUUCCGCUUUCCAUGCAAGCACUUCACUUAUGAACUGCAUUGUUUACUCCCCGAUUGAAGUUCCGCUCUCUACCAUGCAGAGCCUACCAAAAAACAAUGAAAACUCUACUGACAUUCAAACUGCCUGCCAUAAGACUCAACUAACGGAGAGGGAUCCUACAGUUUCUUCUAUUCUGCCAGCUACAGAGACAACUAGCAAGUUGCUCAAUUUGAACUGCCUUGAUCUUGCAGCAUAUGAAGAUUCACCUUCACUUGUGACUCCAUCCGAGGAUAUGCCAUGUUCUUCAAGUGUCAUGAUUCAGGUUGGCGAGACUGUAACUUCUAAGGAUAUUAGUUCUGAUAGAAGCUGUCUUCGCGGGCUUUUAGUCAACAAUAUUACUAGUGAUGACAAUAGAUUCACUAAUGCUAUCAGUAUUCCUUCUACUUGUGGGAGUGACGACGUCAAACUAGAAGAUGUGGGGACUAUCAAGGUGGUAGGGAGUCUUGGCCGACUCAGUGGACAUGAAUGGACUCCAAGUGAGCGAUCUUUGAUGGUCGAACAGUCUACCAGCGACUGCUAUGAGUUCCCUCAACCACUUGUAAUGAAAACCGAAAUUGUUACAGGCCACGUGGACCGAAAAUCUGCGUCUAGACGCUUGCCUACAGAUGUUAAUGAUGCAUCUGACGGAUACACUCAUUUAUUUGCAGUUCGUCCAACAUGCUCCUCGACGUUUGAUGAAGGACUCCACAUGGCAACAAAUUCUAAUGAUAUCGCAACCAUUAUCUCAUCAGCUUGUUCAUCGGAUGAAGCCAGAUUAGUCCCAUUUACCGGCCUGGCGACCACGUCUGGGGGCACUACCAAGGCUAUGGGAGGGGAAAAAGCCGUAUUUUCGUCUCUUGCGCACCUCCCUUUUGUUGCUAUUUCUGAGUCCCCCCAGAUGGUUCAAAAUAUAUUCCUCCAAAAUCAAGCUCCCUCUGUGCCUAUUCAUUCAUCUAGGCCAACUUCGACACCCACGCCAGCCUCUACCCUUACUCUGACGCCUACACAUAAACCCACGUCCUCAGUAUCUGUACCUACUCCGUUAUCAGCAUCCUCACCGUCACCGUCUCCAUCCUCCUUAUCUUCACCAUCUCCUGCCAAGCGGCGUCGUCGGGCUCAGCCGACAGCACAUAGUGGCACC